AUGCGGCGGCGCCCUUUGCCGAUCAGCUUCCUGCUGUGGCUUCCGUGGCUGCCGCUCGCCCACGCCUUAUUGUCUGGCUGGCGGCGAGGAGGCGGCGUCGUCGUCGGCGGCGGCGAGGCGCCGCUCCGCAGUCUGGCGCGCGGCCAGGUGCGCGGCGGCGGCGUCCGCUGCGCCACCCCGCUCGGGCAGAGCCACACUCCGCCCAGUUCCGAGUGGUCGCCGCCAUACGCCGACGGCGCGAGCUACUUCGAGUGGGCGGACCAAAUCUGCUCGGUCGCUCCCUGCCUCUCCUCGCAGCUCGACCGGCUGUCGGGCGCACCGUCCGCGCUGAAGCUGCUCGGCGAGCUGGACCGGCACCUCGGCAGCCUCACGGCGUACCUGCGCCCGUCGGCGCAGCAGCAGCUGCGGCUCGCGCUGGAGACCGCCUUCCUGGCGCACUACGGCCAGCAGCGCCGCAGCGGCGAGCCCUACAUCACCCACCCGGUCGAGGUGUCUGCGAUCCUCGCGCGCACCUCGAUGGACAAGGAGUCGCUCAUCGCCGGACUGCUGCACGACACGGUCGAGGACACCGAGCUCGACUUUGCGGCCAUCGAGGCGCUCUUCGGCGCGACGGUGCGCAAGAUUGUUGAGGGCGAGACCAAGGUCUCCAAGCUGCCGAAGAUGGCGCAGGCGGUGGAGACGCUCGUCUCGGACACCGACGAGCAGGCGGAGAACCUGCGCUCCAUGUUCAUAGCGAUGGCCGAGGACUGGCGCAUCGUGGUUGUCAAGCUGGCGGACCGGCUGCACAACAUGCGCACGCUGCAGCACAUGCCGCCCCACAAGCGGGCGGCCACCGCGCGCGAGACGCUGCAGAUCUUCGCGCCGCUCGCGCACCGGCUGGGCCUGUGGGCGUUCAAGACGGAGCUCUCUGACCUGUCCUUCAAGUACCUAUUCCCCGCCGAGUUCUUGGAGGUGCAGGAGUACAUUGAGCGGAUGGCGCCGCAGUACGAGGACGUCAUCGCGUCGUCGCAAGACAAGGUGCAGCGCUUGCUCUCCUCGGAUGAAUGGCUGCAGGGCCGCAUCCGGUCCGUGUCCGUGACCGGCCGCACCAAGUCGGUGUACUCGACAUGGAAGAAGAUGCAGCGCCACGGCUGCGAGAUCGAGCGCGUGCAUGACCUCGUCGCGCUCCGCGUCGUCCUCUGCGAGGAGGCGGAGGACCGAGCUCUGUGCUACCACGUUCUUGGCAAGGACUACAUCUCUUCGCCGAAGCCAAACGGGUACCGCUCGCUGCACACGACGGUGCUGGUCCAGAUCCGCACGCUCGAGAUGCAUAACGUGGCGGAGCACGGCGCGGCGGCGCACUGGCUGUACAAGGAGAUGCGGGCCGCGGCGACUCGUGUGAUCUCGUGUGAUCUCGUGUGAUCUCGUGUGAUCUCGGAUGGUAGGAGAUGCCCCGCGGCGACUCCUCCCUCCCUUGGCUCCAGAUCAUCCGCCAGUGGAACGACCAGGUCGAGAGCGCCCACGACUUUGUCCGGCUGGUGCGCGAGGAGCUGCUCGGCACCCGCGUCUUCGUCUUCACGCGGAACGGGCGCAUCCUCAACCUCGCGCGCGGCGCCACGCUGCUCGACGCCGCCUGCCUGCUCCGCGCGCCAAACCUCGACUCGCACGGAGGGCUCGUCAACGGCAUGCCGGCGGCGCCCUCGACGGUCCUGCAGAACGGCGACAUCGUCUCGCUCGAGCGGCGGGAGCCGCUCGUCCACUAUGGCCAGCGCCGCGCCGCCUCGCCGCUGCAGCGGCCCGCCGC